GUUUAUUAAUAGAGUUUAACUAUAAGAUAUAUUUGAAAUAAAAUGAAAUGAAAAAAAAAAUAUUUUUAAUAUUAACCUUUUAAGGAGGAUAAAUCAAAAAGUCACCAAUUUUUUAAGAAUAUGUAAGCAAUUGUCUUUUUUUUAUCCUCCCAAAGCAGCGGAAUGGUUAUUAGGCUUGACGAUUAUUAUUUAUAUAUAUUAUUUAGAGUAGAAUUAUUGUGCUAUCGGAAGUAUAACUUAGUUGGUGCUUCUAAUUUUUAGCUCUUGGAUCAACCUUCUUGAUUAUUUUUAACUAUUGAAUUAAUAUUAUUACCCAGUGAAAAUCACUUGAUUCUAGGGGGACCAAUCAAUCCUAAAGGAAUAACUAUCAUUCUAACCGUACAAUCUUUGAUCCAAGGGCUAAAAAAUCGGAAGCACAAACUGCGUUAUGCUUCUGAUAGCAUAAUAGCUCUACAAUAUUAUUAUUUAUAUUAUUAUUUUUAGAUGGUUUGGGUUUGGGCCAAAAAUGGUCAAAGUUGGGCCUCCUUUGGGUUGUGCUAUUUCAGGCAGGGCCAACAGAGCCGUCUCAUUCCCCUGUCUUCUUCGCGCUCUUCUCGCCUAGGGUUUGCCGACGCAUCUCAUCGGCUUGUUGUUCCCCUGUGGUUCGUGAUCCUGAGGAAUAGGUUGUAGUUUUGAUUAAGCGGGUUACAUAUAUACAAAUGGAGCUGGCUGAUAAGACAGUUGGUUUCAUGUUAUCUGCCGUCAGUUUAUCCAUCUUCACCUAUUAUACCUUCUGGGUCAUCAUUCUCCCAUUCGUGGACAGCGAUCACUUUAUACACGACUAUUUCUUGCCACAAGAGUAUGCCAUCUUGAUACCCGUCUUUGCUGGUGUCUUACUUCUCAGCUUCUUAUGCGUCUUUAUUGGAUUUGUGAUGCUCAAGUCGAAGAAGAAGAAGAAAGUUUGAUGCGGUUGCCCCUGUUGGUUCAUUUGAAUAUUGAUAAUUGGAAAUAGCAUACACUUUGAGUAUUGCUAAAUUGGUAGUAGUAUUUUGGAAGGCUAAUCGUCGUUCUCUGUACAAUUGUCUUUGUGAUUAUGACCACAUUUUCUUUAUUAUUAUUAUUAUUAUU